AUGAUCGACAAGGAGCAUUACAACAUCCGCGCGGGAUCAUCCCACGCCAAGUCGUUGGGCAUUACUCAUCGAACCACGCCACUGGCAUCUCCUUGGACAGGUGACAUGAGAGUGAGAUUUUCCGAUUUUCAGGUCAAUGAGAUUGCCAAGGACGGAUCAGUCACCCAUUUGCGCACAGUGGGCCUCCAGGGCGAGAGCAACAAGCGCCAGGUGACUCAGUCGCCGGGAUCGAGAGGGCCAAAGCCCCCUGAUGAGGAGCAGCAGGCCAGGGCCGAGCCGAGUGUGGUGCAAGUCGCCCCCGAGGAUGUAGCGCUUCUCGAAAGCCUUGCUGGCCAACGAUUCGCCCAGGACCUGGUCGAGCUUUUCAACAGCGGCAACGGCCCGACCGGAGACCCGGGCCGAACGGCGACAUCCCACGCCUUUGAAGACAAGGCGAAGCGCGCUCAGCUGCACGGCCAAGUCCGCCGCAUCUUCAACUCCCGGCUCGAGACAACCACCCGGCCCGACGGCGCCAUCGUGGCCAACUUUAACGCGCCUCGAAAGGGCCCGCGGAAGAGCAGGGGCCGCCGCGGCCAGGCCGACGACGAACCCGUGGGGCAGUACCUUCACUUCACCCUGUACAAGGAUAACCGCGACACCAUGGACGCCGUCAGCCAAAUCGCCCGCCUGUUGCGGGUGAAGCCCCAAGCCAUCGGCUACGCCGGCACCAAGGACCGAAGAGCUUCAACCGUGCAGCGUUGCUCCGUGCGGUAUCAGCGCAAGACGGCAAUGGCUGGCCUGAACGGCAAGCUAUGGGGCAUCUCGACAGGAGACUACCAGUACCAGGACGACGCCAUACACCUCGGCCAGCUCCUCGGCAACGAGUUCGUCAUCACUCUCAAGAACUGCCAAAUGUCCGACCAAGACCCGUCCAGCUCGCCCGCCGAGAGGCUGUCGCGGCUGAAGACCAACGUCGAGUCUGCGUUGGCCCACAUGGCCGCCCACGGCUGGAUCAACUACUUCGGCCACCAGCGGUUCGGCACCCACGACCUGGGAACCCACCAAGUUGGCAAGCUCAUUCUGGGCGACGAUUUCGAGGGAGCCGUCCAUGCUCUUCUGCAAUACGAUCCGGAGAUGGCCUCCAAAGCAGAGGCUGGAGAGGUCCCCGAAGAGCCUUCCAAGCGGGACGAGUGUAUCCGUCACCAGGCAUGCAUGCUCUUCCGAACGGGGCAGGAUCUCGGCAAGGCUGCCAAAAUCAUUCCCAGACGGUACGCCGGCGAAUCCUGCCUUCUCCGACACCUCACGCGCAUGGGCAAACACUCGUCUCGAGAUUUCGCCGGCGCCAUCACUCACAUCACCCGCGGUCUGCGAUCCAUGUACCUGCAUGCCUACCAGUCUUACGUCUGGAACCAUGCCGCCAGCCACCGCUUCUCCCUGCACGGCGCAGCCGUCGUAAAGGGCGACCUAGUCAUUUGUGACGUAGGUAGCCAGCCCCUCGCAUCCCAGCGGGAACAAGACCAGGACGGCGACGACAUCAUCAACCCCGCCGAGGAUGAUGAAGACGCCCCUCUUCGAGCCCGCCCUCUUACAGAGGAAGAAGCCGUCUCGGGUCAAUACACUAUUCACGACGUUGUCCUUCCCUCGCCUGGUUACGACGUAAUCUACCCGGACAACGAGGUUGGCGAUUUCUACAAGGAGUUCAUGGGCCGGCCAGAAAACGGCGGCCUCGACCCUUUGCAGAUGCGACGCCUGCGGAGGGAGUUCAGCCUGCCCGGACGGUACAGGAAGCUGAUGCAAAAGUUCCUGAGCAGUCCGAGCGUCCAAGUCAGUAGAUACGCCGACGACACAGAACAGAUGCACCCUACCGACCUGGAUCUCAUCCACGGUCAAGGGCAGGGUCCAGACGGAGCAAGCAAACGAAAAAACGACGUCGACGGCGUCGACAACGCCGAGGAAGCCGUGGCCAAGAAACAAAAGGUGGACGACGGAGCUGGAGUUGACGCGUCGGUGCGUUUGGCCGGCAGUGAGAACGACGAGGUAAUCGAGGCCGGGAUACCGCCAGCCGCGGCGGAAGAAGCAGAGCCUACCAAGAUUGCCGUGCUCGUCAAGUUUCAGUUGGCAAGCAGUGCUUACGCGACCGUUGCUUUGAGAGAAUUGAUGGGUGACCAAAUAGACGAAGAAACUUGA